GAUGAAACAUGGCCGCUUGCAAGGAGGGUAAACAACGAAAGUUGGAUAACGAAGUACAGUUAGGUUUUGCCGAAGCAAUAGACGACGACGAUGCAGUUCGUAAACUACAAAUGACAAGCUCCUUCUUUCCAAGCAAAAUUGGCGGAAGGCCGGCUUGGUUAAAUCUACAAGAUCUUCCUGAUUCCGAUCGCAUGCUGUGUAAAAUCUGCUGGAAACCGAUGGUUUUUCUGUUGCAAGUCUACGCUCCUUUGACCAACGAUCAAGGCUUUCAUCGAACAAUUUACUUGUUUUGUUGCAAGGACGGAAAUUGCCAUGCCAAAAACAACAGGGACUGUUUUCUUGUUUUGAGAAAUCAGCUGAAACGUGACAAUAAGUUUUACAACUUUAAUCCUCCCCCUGAUCUCGAUGAAAUGAGGGAACUUUCAUUGGAAUCAGUAGGGAAAGAGUUUAGGCCGAAAGCGUGGACAAGUUUGUGUGAUGUAUGUGGCUGUCUCGGGAGCAAAACAUGCUCCAAGUGUCACAUGACACGAUAUUGCAGCCGGGAACAUCAGUCAGUGGACUGGAAAUCUGGGCAUAAAAGCUUUUGUGCAAUGUUUCUUUGUUCGGAGGAGGAAUUUACCCCAGAGCAGCUUUUCGAAGGUGACUUAAGUCUUUGGUUCAUGUUUUUGUAUCUAAGGCCUAGCUGUUUCAAAUGUCAACUUACAGUCGUACUGAAUUCUACUUUAGUUUACAGCAGUAGCACAACAGUUAACCUAUUCAUUUCCUACAGAAGUAGUGGGGAGAAGUUGAUAAAAUUCAAGCAAAUUGUGUGAUCAUGUCGGUAAUUCUCAUGACCACUCCGUUUUACAAAGCAUUGAUAUUACAAGGAGAAAUUUGAUGCUGAUCUCUCUUCAGGCUUAAAGGGUUAACCCAGAUCAUGCUUUCCGCUGUUUAGCGUGACGAGCUUUGCCACCUUACAUGGCAGUAGCAUGACUGGUUUCAAAUGUCGUGCUAGCCCCUACUACUGUACUGAACUAGUCCUUUUUCCAGAGUCUCACGAUGGCAGCAGGGUGCCUGAGCAGUUAGAGUCUUAUUUAUUUGUUUCAUUAUCCCGAAAACCCCCUUAAGGGGAGAAGAUAAUUUUAGUCUUAUAAUAGUAAUAAAGUCUUAUAAUUAAUAGUUCAUGGUUUUCACUAAUUACAUGCACAAGCCUGAGGGUUUUAAUAAUUUGACCAUGAAUUGGAGAGAAAGUACAAAACACAACCCAUGGGUUAGUCGCUAGGAUGCAAAAAGGAGAUAGAGGAAGGGGAGUGGAGAAAAAAAUGCAAAACAAAAUAAUAAUUUUUAAGUGUUUUUUUUUCUCUCUCCCAUGUGAAUGAAUCAGUAUUAUUAGUUCAUUAUCCUCUUUUCUUUAAAGUGCUUUAAAUUUGAUAUCAGGCCCCACUGUAUAAUUUUCAUGACAAAAACUAUGUUUUCCUAGUUGCCCAAGAGAAAAAGGAAGGUGCCAGGGGCCACCAGGUUUGCUAGAGCACAACUCUGACCAUUUUUUCUGAUCCCAGAAGGAGUGGUUUCUAAGUGUCCCAGGUAUAAGUUAAAUGCACUGUCCAUGUUUUUAAUUUCCAUUUUUAUAACCUGCAAUAAUUACGCUUUCUUUUUUGCAAGCUCAAUAGUCAACUCCGCACAAAAGUUCUCUAACUUCCCCGUUCACAGAAAGGAAUGCCUCGUCAUGAGUUUGAAAGUUAGAGCUACAAAAGAUGGUAGGGUGGAGAAAACUGAUGUACAACUGUACAUAAUUUCUAAAUAUGCUUGUGCUUUUAUUUUUCAGGUAAUAGUUCUUAUAAUAACUCAAAAAGCAAAGUCCUCUUUCCUGAAUAUGAACUGGUCACUGAAACAGAACCAGAUGAUGAUGAUGAGAGCGAUGGUAUUGAGAGAAGUGAGGAAGAAAGAUUAGAUGAAUUUAAGCAGUUUGUACAAGAAAAUGAUCUUCUAAGUGAAAUAAAUGGUGAUGACAAGGAAUUGGAGUCCUUGGCCACCCUUGGGAAAGAAGCUUUGCUUGCUGACAAACAAUUUAGAAUAUUCAAGAAAAGAAUUUCCAGAGAACCAAAGCAGGUGUGUAAUUAUGUAGUAUGUGUCAGGAAAUACUUUCAGGGCUCCGCUCAACUGAGGAGCAAUAAUAAAUGCAUACAGUGUACUCUAGGGGUAACAGUACUGGUAAACCAUUAUGCAUUAUUAUGAGUCACAAGGUUAAGAAUCCAAAAUUGGCCGGAGGCAAACCAGUUGACUAGUAAUUAUUAUUACAAGUGUAACCAAUGAGUAGAAAUCAGGACUACUGAGAACAAAUCAGCUAGUAGUUAGGGUGGGGAUUGGACUUAAGGCCUCUGGAUUACAAUUCCAGAACUCUAAAACUACAUUGCCACGCAAGCUUUGUAAGAAUAUUCAGCGAGUUAAUGGUAACUGGUCAUUCUUUUAUACAUGUACCUUAAGUUGCUGUCAUGACCAUGCCACUAAUUUACAUGUAAUUUACAUCUAUAAAUGUUGACUCUUUUAUUUGGUUUCAAUUUUUUUUUUUUUCGAAUGAUGCUGGGGAGCUUAUCUGUUUAUCAUGUAAAAUGUACCUCUUCCCCCUAUUUUAAUGUGCCAUGUACAUAUGAGAUUUAUUGUAAGAUUUUUCUUUUUAUGAGAAAGGGAUCUGUAUAAGUUAAUUUACAGUAGUACAUAUUGUAUAUAAUAUUUAUGAGCACUUUUAACAGUUACAGCUUGUGGUCAUAUCGUGCCUAGUGUCUUGAUAUUUGUUUUAUUUUAAUAUUAUAGUCUCAUGAUAGCACCAACACCUGACUUGUCACAUUUCAGGUUUUGCGUUAUCACAAGAAUGGAGAGCCCUUGUGGGUGUCCGAUGAGGCUCAACCAGGUAAAAGUGAUAUCCCACCUUGUGCAACCUGUGGAUCUGAAAGGAUGUUUGAAUUUCAGGUACAGUACAUGCACCCAAAUCUGUUUUAUAAUAGUCAACUUAGGAGUGCUUCAAGAUGACGUAAAAUAGUGAGAAUUGUUUUUAUCACUGUUAAAAUGCACUCAGGUAACUAAAAAUCAUUAUUCCCAUUGUACAAGUAUAAUUUAGCAAUAAAGGUUCCACUCAGUACAGUUGGCUGAUGCUGCAUUCAGCUUUGUGGAUCAUGUUGUGUUCUUUUGACCCUGAUUCAAUUCACACAGAUAUAUCAUUAUUUUUACUAACCUUGUUUCUCAGUUAAUGUAUUGAGCAGUUAAGACUCUUCCAUUUAGAUUAAUAAAUAUAAAGACUACAAGUAAAUAACCCCAUUCAGCCUUUGAACUUGUUUCUCACUACUUACUGUACUAGGAUUAGGGCUCUGUGGCUACAAUACAGGGCAGCAAAAGUAUAGCAUAGUGGUAAGACUGUACUUAGCUCACCCUGUCAAUGUUUGAAAUGAUGGAUUUGGGUUGAAUUUGUUGAUAAUCCACAUCCUUGCUCCAUUAUUCAUUAGGUUUCUAUCCACAUUAUUUUUCUCUCUGCUUCCCCUCACUGAAAAUUUCAUUUCCAAGCACAAGAAAAUCGGGAUGUGGUUGAUGAGGGACACUAAGUGUACAGCUGUAUGUACUAAUAUUACGUCAUUAUUUAUUAUGACGUUAUUUUAAGUGCUUUAUUUUUUAUGUAUUAUUAAUUAACAAAACCAUAUGAAGAGAAAACGCUUGUUCAACCAAUUUUAUGAUUGUUAAUAAUAACUAUUACAAAUGUAAGAGGUUUGGUUUUCCUUGACCACUCAUAAGUUGUUAAGCUCACCCUACCAGACUGAGAGAAGAUUCCAAGUUUCAUUAUCAUUAUUGUGACGAAUAACUUAAUUGUCAAGUUUCAGUUUGCAACAUUAUAUGAACAUUACUAAAAUUUGUGUGAAAUUUUUUUUAUAUUUUUUGGUUAAGGUGAUGCCUCAGUUGUUAAACCAUAUGCAAGUGGACAGUUUUGAAGAAAGUGUCGACUGGGGAACAUUAGCAGUCUACACUUGUUCAAAGAGCUGUGGUGAUGGUAGUUCAUACCUAACAGAGUUCCUGUGGAAACAAAACUUUGCUGAUACAGGAAUCCCAACCACUGUGCUGGGUCACUAA